CACAGCUUCAGGUAUAGGGCUAAUUCUUGGUCCAGCUAUAGGCGGUUUUCUUGCACAGCCUGCUGAGAAGUAUCCGUCACUGUUCUCGGGAAAAUCUUUGUUCGGAAGAUUUCCCUACCUCUUGCCUUGCUUGUGCAUUUCACUUUUAGCAUUGAUGGUGACGGUUUUUACAUUUUGUUUGCCGGAAACAAUGCACCGACACGAUUCAACUGAUCCUUCAUCUGGUUAUUCAUAUAAGGCUCUAGAGACUGCAUCUCAAGUUGCUAAUGAGGAAAACAUUUCGACCUCGAAAAAGAGCAUUCUUAGAAAUUGGCCUUUGAUGUCAU